UGUUUAUUUCGUUGUGGGCGCCCCGAGGAGUUCCUGAAGCUAACUGUCCCAUUGGAGACCACCAUGUCUCGCUUUGACACCAACAUGUUUGGGGAGGCUGGACCGUUUUUGCGUAAAACGGAUUUAGAGUUGAUGGCUGCGCAGGGCAUAGCUUUUGACGGUAAGAAGCGCGCAUGGAUCCCGGAUGAGAAGGAGGCCUACGUCGAGGCGGAGAUCAAAGGACUGGACGGCGACAAGCUCAUCGUCGAGACCAAGGACGGCAGGACCCUGUCAGUGAGAGACGGGGACAUCCAGCAGAUGAACCCUCCUAAGUACGACAUGAUGGAGGACAUGGCCAUGCUGACCAACCUCAACGAGGCUUCGGUCCUCUUCAACCUGCGCCGCCGCUACGCCUCCUGGAUGAUCUACACCUACUCGGGGCUCUUCUGCGUGACAGUGAACCCGUACAAGUGGCUGCCGGUCUACACGCCGCUGGCGGUGGCCGCCUACAAGGGCAAACGCCGCUCUGAGGCCCCGCCCCACAUCUACGCCAUCGCCGGUAACGCCCACAACGACAUGCUGCGCAAUCGGGAGAAUCAAUCCAUGCUCAUCACCGGAGAAUCUGGUGCUGGCAAAACUGUCAACACGAAACGUGUCAUUCAGUAUUUUGCCAAUGUGGCCGCGCUGGGCGAUGGGCCGGCUAAGAAAGGACUGAGCCACGCCACCAAAGCAGGGGGCACACUGGAGGACCAGAUCAUUGAGGCCAACCCGGCCAUGGAGGCCUUCGGCAACGCCAAGACUCUGCGCAACGACAACUCGUCCCGCUUUGGCAAGUUUAUCAGGAUCCACUUCGGACAAACUGGCAAACUGGCCUCCUCUGACAUCGACAUAUAUCUUCUGGAAAAAUCCAGAGUGAUAUUCCAGCAGCCGGGCGAGCGCAGCUUCCACAUCUACUACCAGAUCAUGUCUCAGAGGAAACCCGAACUUCUCGACAUGCUGCUGGUCUCGACCAACCCCUACGACUACCACUUCUGCUCCCAGGGAGUGACCACCGUAGAGAGCAUGGACGAUGGGCAGGAGCUGAUGGGCACCGACCACGCCAUGGACAUCCUGGGCUUCCUGCCCGAGGAGAAGUACGGCUGCUACAAGAUAGUGGGCGCCAUCAUGCACUUUGGCAACAUGAAGUUCAAACAGAAGCAGCGUGAGGAGCAGGCCGAAGCAGAUGGCACUGAGAUCGCCGACAAGGCCUCCUACCUGAUGGGCGUUAGCUCAGCGGAUCUCCUCAAGGGGCUGCUGCACCCCAGGGUGAAAGUGGGCCACGAGUACGUGGUGAAGGGGCAGAACGUUGAACAGGUGAACUACUCCGUUGGCGCUCUGGCCAAAGCCACGUACGACCGAAUGUUCAAAUGGCUGGUGGGCCGCAUCAACCGAACCCUCUACACCUCUCUGCCACGCCAGUACUUCAUCGGAGUGCUGGACAUCGCUGGCUUCGAAAUCUUCGAUCUGAACAGCUUUGAGCAGCUGUGCAUCAACUUCACCAAUGAGAAACUGCAACAGUUUUUCAACCACCACAUGUUCGUCCUGGAGCAGGAGGAGUACAAGCGAGAAGGCAUUGAAUGGACCUUCAUCGACUUUGGCCUCGACCUGCAGGCUUGCAUCGACCUAAUCGAAAAACCACUGGGCAUCAUGUCCAUCAUGGAAGAGGAGUGCAUGUUCCCCAAGGCCACCGAAAGCAGCUUCAAGGCCAAGAUGUACGACAAUCACAUCGGCAAGUCGCCCAACUUCCAGAAGCCUCGGCUGGACAAGAAGCGCAAAUACGAGUCCCACUUUGAGCUGAUGCACUAUGCCGGGCAGGUACCGUAUAACAUCAUGGGCUGGCUGGAGAAAAACAAGGACCCUCUGAACGAGACGGUGGUCCUCUGCUUCCAGAAGUCCUCCAACAAGCUGCUGGCCAGUCUGUAUGAGACCUUCAUCGGCUCAGACUCAGUUGCAGUGGAUCCCAAGCCAGGAGUGAAAGAGAAGAGGAAGAAGGGGGCGUCUUUCCAGACGGUCUCCCAGCUUCACAAGGAGAACCUGAACAAGCUGAUGACCAACCUCCGCAGCACCCAGCCCCACUUUGUGCGUUGCAUCAUCCCCAACGAGUCCAAGACUCCAGGGAUCAUGGACUCCUUCCUGGUCCUGCACCAGUUGCGCUGCAACGGCGUCCUGGAGGGCAUCAGGAUCUGCAGGAAGGGCUUCCCCAACCGCAUCAUCUACGCUGACUUCAAACAACGAUACCGCAUCCUGAACCCACACGCCAUCCCAGAUGACAAGUUUGUGGACAGCAGGAAAGCCUCCGAGAAGCUCCUGGCCAGCUUGGAUGUGGACCACCACCAGUAUAGAUUUGGCCACACCAAGGUGUUCUUCAAGGCCGGGCUGCUGGGCGUCCUGGAGGAGCUGAGGGACGAGCGUCUGGCCAAGGUCCUCACACUGCUGCAGGCCGCCAGCCGCCGCAGGGUCAUGAUGACGGAGCUGCUGAGGAUGAUCGAGAAGAGGGAUGCCCUGGGGAUAAUCCAGUGGAACAUCCGAUCGUUCAACGUGGUGAAGAACUGGCCCUGGAUGAAGCUCUUCUUCAAGAUCAAGCCCCUGCUGAGGAGUGCCGCCAGCGAGAAGGAGCUGGCGGCCCUGAAGGAGGAGAUGAGCCGGCUCAGAGAGGCCCUGGACCAAUCAGAGGUCAAGCGGAGAGACGUGGAGGAGAGGCAGGUCAGCCUGACCCAGGACAAGAACGACCUGUCCCUGCAGCUGCAGGCGGAGCAGGACAACCUGGCGGACGCGGAGGACCGCUGCGACCUGCUGAUCAAGACCAAGACCCAGCUGGAGGCGCGGCUGGAGGCGCUGCUGGAGCGGCUGGAGGAGGAGGAGGAGACGGGCGCCAGCGUGCUGGCCAAGAAGAGGCAGCUGGAGGACGAGGGCGCCGAGCUGAAGAAGGACCUGGAUGACCUGGAGCUCACCCUGGCUAAGGUGGAGCGGGAGAAGCACGCCACGGAGAACAAGGUGAAGAACCUCGCGGAGGAGAUGGCCGUCCUGGACGAGACCAUCGCGAGGCUGACCAGGGAGAAGAAGGCCCUGCAGGAGGCCCAGCAGCAGAACCUGGAGGACCUGCAGGCCGAGGAGGACAAGGUCAACUCCCUGACCAAGACCAAGGCACAGCUGGAGCAGCUGGUGGAAGACCUGGAGGGCUCCCUGGAACAGGAGAAGAAGUCUCGCAUGGAACUGGAGCGCUUUAAACGCAAGCUGGAGGGAGACCUGAAGCUGUCCCUGGAGUCCGUCAUGGACCUGGAGAACGACGGGCAGCAGCUCCAAGAGCGGCUGAAGAAAAACGACUUUGAGAUUAAUGGGAUGAGCACAAAGCUUGAGGAGGAGCUGGCCUCGAUCAUCCAGCUCCGAAAGAAGAUCAAAGAGCAACAGGCUCGGGGGGAGGUGCUGGAGGAGGAGCUGGAGGAGGAGCGGGCGUGCCGGGCCAAGGUGGAGAAGCUGCGCGCGGACCUGGCGCGGGAGCUGGAGGAGCUCAGCGAGCGCCUGGAGGAGGCGGGCGGCGCCACCUCGGCGCAGGUGGAGGUGAACAAGAGGCGCGAGGCCGACUUCCAGAGGCUGCGGCGGGACCUGGAGGAGGCGCUGCUGCACCACGAGGCCACGGCGGCCGCGCUGCGCAAGAAGCACGCGGAUGGCACGGCGGAGCUGGCGGAGCAGGUGGACAGCCUGCAGCGCAUCAGGCAGAGGCUGGAGAAGGAGAGGGCCGAGGCCAAGAUGGAGGCAGACGACCUCCACGCCACAGUGGAGCACCUGUCCAAGGGCAAGAUCACCUCAGAGAAGACAUGCCGUCAGUUUGAGGACCAGAUGAAUGAAGCCAAGGCCAAAGCAGACGAGCUGCAGAGACAGCUCAACAACUCCAUCAGCCAGAGGGCCAGAGCUCAAGCAGAGAGUGGUGAGCUUGGCAGGAAGCUGGAGGAUCAGGAGUCUGUGCUCACUCAGCUACAGCGCACCAAGAACUCCUUCAGCCAGAACACAGAGGAGCUCAAGAAACAGCUGGAGGAGGAGUACAAGGCUAAGAACGCACUGUCCCACGCGCUCCAGUCCUCCAUACACGACUGCGAACUCCUCCGGGAGCAGUAUGAGGAGGAGCAGGAGGCCAAGGCGGAGCUCCAGAGGGCGCUGUCCAAGAGCAACGGCGAGGUGGCCCAGUGGAGAACCAAGUACGAAACCGACGCCAUCCAGAGGACCGAGGAACUGGAGGAGGCCAAGAAAAAGCUUGUGGUGCGCCUCCAGGAGGCUGAGGAGAUGGUGGAGGUGUCCAACGCCAAGUCCUCCUCUCUGGAGAAGACCAAGCACCGGCUGCAGUCUGAGAUCGAGGACCUCGCCAUUGAUGUGGAACGAGCCAAUGCUGCAGCCGUUGCCCUUGACAAGAAGCAGCGUAACUUUGACAAGGUGCUGUCGGAGUGGAAGCAAAAGUAUGAGGAGUGCCAAGCUGACCUGGAGGGUGCCCAGAAAGAGUCCCGCGGUCUGAGCACGGACCUUUUCAAGCUCAAGAACUCCUACGAAGAAGCCCUGGAUCACCUGGAGACCAUGAAGCGGGAGAACAAGAACCUCCAGGAGGAAAUAACUGACCUGUCAGAUCAAAUCUGCCAAGGAGGGAAAACCAUCCACGAGUUGGAGAAGAUUAAGAAGGAGCUGGACAUCGAGAAAUCAGAGGUCCAGGCUGCGUUGGGGGAGGCUGAAGGCACCCUGGAGCACGAGGAGAGCAGGACCCUGCGCAUCCAGCUGGAGCUCAACCAGCUGAAGGCCGAUAUCGACCGCAAGCUGGCCGAGAAGGACGAGGAGCUCGACAACCUUCGUCGAAACCACCAGAGGUCUCUGGAGACCAUUCAGGCCAGCCUGGAGGCUGAAACGAGGUCUCGCAACGAGGCGCUGCGCCUGAAGAAGAAGAUGGAGGGAGACCUGAACGAGAUGGAGCUGCAGCUCAGCCAGGCCAACAGGCAUGCAGCUGAAUCCCAGAAACUGCUGAGGAACCUGCAGGUCCAGAUAAAGGACGUCCAACUUGAGCUGGACGAGACCCUCCACCAGGACGAGGAGCUGAAGGAGCAGACGGCCAUGACGGAGCGACGCAACGGCCUGCUGUCCGCCGAGGUGGAGGAGCUGCGGGCCCUGCUGGAGCAGAGCGAACGUGCCCGCAAGCUGGCCGAGCAGGAGCUCCAUGACUGCAGCGAGAGGGUCAACCUCCUGCACGCCCAGAACACCGGGCUGAUCAACCAGAAGAAGAGGCUGGAGAGCGAUCUGACCCUGCUGUCUGGGGAGGUGGACGACGCCAUGCAGGAGGGCCAGAACACGGAGGAGAAGGCCAAGAAGGCCAUCACUGAUGCGGCGAUGAUGGCGGAAGAACUGAAAAAGGAGCAGGACACAAGCUCUCACCUGGGGAGGAUGAAGAAGAACCUGGAGCAGACCAUCAAGGACCUUCAGAUGCGUCUGGACGAGGCGGAGCAGAUCGCCCUCAAGGGGGGCAAGAAGCAGAUCCAAAAGCUAGAGAAAAGGGUCAAGGAGGUUGAGGCGGAAGUGGAAUCUGAGCAAAAGAAGAGCGCUGACUUGCAGAAGGAAGUCCGCAAGUCUGAGAGGAGAAUCAAAGAGCUCAGCUACCAGACCGAGGAGGACAAGAAGAACCUGGUUCGUCUGCAGGACCUCAUAGACAAGCUGCAGGGCAAAGUGAAGAGCUAUAAAAGGCAGACUGAGGAAGCGGAGGCACAGGCCAACGCCAACCUCGUCAAGUCUAGGAAGCUCCAGCACGACCUGGGCGACGCGGAGGAGCGGGCCACCGCGGCCGAGGCGCAGGUCAACACGCUGCGCGUGCGCACCCGGGACCAGGCGGCGAGCAAGCACGCCGAGUGAUGUGCCGAGGAUGACCGCAGUCUCCAAACAUAUCGCCGGGACCCGGCCGGAGGCAACAGCUGUGAAGAUGAAUCCAAAUAAAUGACUUCAGAUCCUUUAAA